UGUUCUGAGAGCUCGACUAUACGUUUACGAUGAAAAAAUGAGAGAAGGAGGGAGGGCGGGAAUUUCAGAUUUCCUCAGAAAAGAGAAAAUGAAGCAGCAGGAAGUAAAGCUCUGUGGGGCAAGUCCCUCAUAAUUUCAGAUCUCAAAAGAGAAAUUGGCUACGUCACCACUCUGGGACAAGGCGUAAUGCUGUCACAGUAAUUAGGUAUGGGGAAACGGAAACGGAAACGGAAACUGCUCAUGCGCAGAACUAAUCUGGUCAGGUCUCGAAACAGAAACGGCAGCGGGUGCCAAACACGACGCGCGUGUACGAGAAUGAGCGAGUCAGCGGGAGAACGGUGACGUAUACAGGGUACGUUAACCCGAACACGCACUUUCGCCAGAACAGUAACAGGACCUGGUUGUUGCAGCGCUGCUAAUGCUAGUGACACUGUUAAAAGCGUAGCCUGAGCUAACAGUAAAUGCUAAUGGGGCAGCCCCUGGCCUAGCAGACGCAGGGUUCGCGCACAACUCCGGAGAAGUGCUGGUUCGAGUCCCGCCUCGGUCGUGGAAAAAAAAAGAUGUCCAACCACCAACCUCCCCUGGGAGGCGCUACAGACACAACCGCCUGCAGCCAGCUGAAGAGUGAAGAUCUUCAGUGUCAGGACGCACUGAGGAAGUGUGAGCACAGCCAGCACCCGUACCUGCGCCUUUACCAGUACCUGCAGCAGCAGCCGCCGCAGCAGCGACCGUCAGCUCAAAAAGCUUCGCCGCAGCCCAAGCCUAAAAGAGGAGGAGCCACGGCAGGAGUUGGAGUCGGCGUGGAUGGAGCACCAAGUCAGUCAGAAAGUGCUCCUCCAAUAAGAGGGCUGUGUGAAGGGGGCGGGUCUUCCACCUUUAAGCCAAUCACAGAUGGCUCCUCUGCUUCCUCCUCCCUGCUCGCCCCCUCCCCAAGCAUGAGGCACUCCUCUCCUGCCCCACCUCCUCCUUCCCCUGUCUCUCACCGUGGCUGUGCCCCGCCCCCUCCCGUCUGUUUGCAUACUGGUGUUAAGCCCCUCCCGCCAAAGCCCCCCCACUCUCCUCUUUCCACCCGCUGCCUCUCAACUUCAGGACGUAGCGCGGCGCCUCCUCUGACCCCAGCCCAUCUCUCUCCCCGUGUCACUGGCGAUGGCGGUGUUGUUGGUGGUGGGGAGUCCUGCCCCGAGAUGCAGCAGCGUCAAAACUCCAUCAGCACCAAGAGACCCGCCCCCUCACCUGGAGGCCACGCACCCACACGGUACCCCGCCCCUCCCCCUCCUUCAUCCUCUUCAUCCUGCAAAGGGCCGCCGCCCCCAGUCCGUGAUUCCACAACUCAUAUUUCAGUCCAGUCCACGAUGCUAGUUGCGGGAGGCAGGGAAGCCCCGCCCCCUCCUCCUUGCAAGACACAGGUCAGCCCCUCCCUCUCGUCUGACCAACCCAUCAGAGGGAAACCAUCAGCCGCUCCAACCCGAACCCCCUCAGCUCCUCCUCCUCCUCCACCACGUAAUGGCCUUGCCUCCUCCCCUCGCUUAUUCCUGGACGAUUUUGAAUCCAGAUAUUCUUUUCAUCCACUGGAUGAUUUUCCUCCUCCGGAUGAGUUCAAACACUUCACCAGAAUUUAUCCCAGCAGGAUCAACAGAGUGACCAGAGGAGCUCCACCUCUACCACCCGUAGGAAGGUGAAGUGGGAAAAUACACACACACACGUGUGGGUGUACUCUGGAGCAGGCCUCAUACUGACAUGAUAGGAUGGGAAAAGGUAUGCACCUGGACCUGGACCUGGACCUGACCCUAGACCUGUAUGCAUGCUAACGCUGACACUAAAGUUGGGGUUCAUAAAGUCAGUUCAGAAUCAGAGAGAAUCUAUAAAAGGAUCCAAAAACAGAACAAUAGCAGACCAACAUAUAGAACCUGCUGCUGAAUAUGCAUGACCUUCUAGCUUUAAUAGGAAACCAUUUCAGUCAUUAUUAUUACUGAUAAUAAUAAUAAUAAUGUUACAGUGAUGGACAUGCCAGCUGAUAACUAUAGUUUAUAGUUAAAAUAGUUUGAUUUUUUUUUUUUUGUUUUUUUAAAAGGUUCUGCGUUCAGGUUUAACUUGGAAAUAAACGUAACUUUUGAGCACAUUUCCAAAAAGGGAACAUGGUUUUCGCUGAGUCCUGAUUGGUUGACAUAAAUUGCAUAAUAAUGUGCUUUGUGGUCCGUGAAGGCCAUUGUAGUUGAUAGGAUUUGAAGGACUGAGUGAAGGAGUCCUCUAUUGCCUACUGUUUUGUUUUUUUUUAUAAAGUGUUCUGUUAUUGUUAUGUUAUUUAAAUGUAAGGGUUAUUGACAAUAUUUUUGUUUAUUGAAAAUCAUUUCAGUAAUAAAUGUCCAUGUGUUUGCCUCAAAUCUCACCCAGUCAGUGUUUUUUUGCUGGUGACGUUAUAACGUCGACUUAAUACACUCUCCCCUCCCCUGAUAAACUUUUUUUAGGAGGAUAUUAUAUAGGAUAUUUAAGUUUAAUUUCUGUCUUUAUUUAAAAUGAAGUCCAAUGUGAUAUGUGAGUCUGGGCUUUACAAAUAAAAUUGACUUAAACGGGGAAAA